AUGGCCUCGAAAGAGACAGAUGCACAAAAGUGGCUCCGGUGUAACCGUUGUUUUAAACAAUUGGGAAAAACAUUUGUUCUAACUUGUUGCAGUCAUGUAUUUUGUGAUGUGUGCCUCGCUUACGCAAGGGCAAAGAAAGAAUGUCCUCAGUGUCGAAACAAUGAUUUGCGAACGAUGCCAAUAUCAGAUGCAUUAAAAGCAAAAGAAAUUAAACACUGCUUUGAAUCUGUUGAAGAACCAUUUGAAAAACUACAGCAGGCUUUCAUGUUUCAAAAAAGGCAGCUCCUGCUAAAUAGUGAACGACUGCACGAUAUCGAAAAGAAGUGUUUCAAAUACAAAGAACAUUGCCAACGCAUUUUAAAAGAAAAUAAAACCGUUAAAGAAGAGAAUGCCAAACUUCGGGCUAAACUAAAUGAACUGGCAAAAGAAAAUAAAGAAUUUAAAGCCAUAAAACCUGAAACUGUAGCAUACAUGCUAACUCCCUACCCACAUUCAGAAGGACCUCCACAACAAAUCCGUCCAAACGCAAGGUUUGCUGAAACUAGUGAAAUUACUUAG